GCAGAAGGCCUUUCUAGCGGCUUGUUACAUUCACAUGGUGCUCUGACAAAUUUGUGUCUCCAUUUUCAAGUUCUCCAUCUUUCUAAACAGCUGUGAUUGCUGUUUUCUCCACAAAAAUGGCACUACAACAUUUGUUACUCCUAUCCUUAGCUGCUUUAGUUAUUGCUGAUGAUCCUGUAGUUCAUUUUCUAGAAAAAUUCGAAGAUAAAUCUUGGGAAGAUAGAUGGGUAAGCUCAACUUCUAAGGGAGCCCAGCAAGGGAAGUUUAAAUGGACUGCAGGGAAAUUCUACGGCGACGCCGAGGCAGAUAAAGGUAUUCAAACUAGCGAAGACGCCAAGUUUUAUGGAAUAUCAGCCAAGUUUGAAAAGCCAUUCACAAACGAGGGCAAAACUCUAGUCAUUCAAUUCAGUGUCAAGCACGAACAGAAUAUCGACUGUGGAGGUGGAUAUGCUAAGGUAUUCCCUUCUGAUGUUGAUCAAAAGAACUUGCAUGGUGACUCACCAUACCUGAUCAUGUUCGGACCUGAUAUCUGCGGCCCUGGCACAAAGAAAGUACAUGUUAUCUUCAACUACAAGGGAAAAAAUUUACUGACAAAGAAAGACAUCAGAUGCAAGGAUGAUGAGAUGACUCACUUGUAUACCCUGAUUGUGCGCCCUGACAACACCUACGAAGUCAAGAUCGAUAACGAGAAAGUAGAAAGUGGAGAACUUGAGAAGGAUUGGGACUUCCUUCCCCCAAAGACCAUCAAGGACCCAGAGGCCAAGAAGCCAGAAGACUGGGAUGACAAGAAAAUGAUUGAUGACCCAGAAGACAAGAAGCCCGAGGACUGGGACAAGCCUCAGAACAUCCCCGACCCAGACGCUAAGAAACCAGAAGACUGGGAUGAUGAGAUUGACGGUGAAUGGGAACCACCCAUGAUUGAUAACCCUGAGUACAAGGGUGAGUGGAAGCCCAAGCAAAUUGAUAAUCCCAACUACAAGGGUGAAUGGGUCCACCCCGAGAUUGACAACCCCGAGUACAAGGCUGAUGACAAACUGUACAUGUACAAAGACAUCGGAGCCAUUGGCUUUGAUCUAUGGCAGGUGAAGUCAGGUACCAUCUUCGACAAUGUGUUGGUGACAGACUCUGUUGAGCAUGCCGAGCAGUUCGCCAAGGAAACGUUUGACAAGACCAAGGAGGGUGAGAAGAAGAUGAAAGACGAGCAGGAUGAGAUUGAGCGCAAAAAGGCAGAAGAGGAGGAAAAGAAAAGGAAAGAAGAGGAGGAGUCAAAGAAGAAGGACGAGAAAGAAAAGGAAGAGGAAGAUGAGGAUGAAGAAGAGGAGGAGGAGAAGAAAGAGGAUGCAAAGACAGAUGAUAGUGAAACGAAAGAAGCAGAACCCGAAUCGAAAGAAGCAGAACCCGAAUCGAAAGAAGCAGAACCUGAAUCAAAAGAAGAAACAAAAUCUGAAGACGAGACGACGGAAGAAAGCUCACGAGAUGAGCUAUGAUUUAGCAUAUACUUUAGACUUUUUUAGUUCAAUCACAUGUGUAUUAAAUUACGUCCCUCCCAAGAACGUAUUCAAUGUGGCCCUCCUCCAUAGGUGUAUAAUUUAAUUGUCGCUUUUCUAGUUCAAAAGUGAUAGUUUUCGUUACGUCAUACAUCUUCCAAAGAGCAUUUAGACUUGUCUGGCUAAUUAGCCGGCCUGAAAACUCUCUGGAGUUAACCAAUUUUUGUAUGUGAAAGGCGCAGAGUUUUGUAAGACCCGUGAUGAAAAAUAGUAAAUGCUGUUUGUGCAAACAUUGAAAUAAAAAUGGAAACAUUUGUA